AGAUAUAUGUAUAUGUUUAUAUGUUGAUCAUUCUCGGCGAACAAACAUGUUUUUACAUAAAACAACACAAAGAAUAAAUAUGAUAAAUGGUAUCUACAUUCAUUAGAGUGGUACACAAAUUAAUUCAUGUUGUAAUAACUGAAUUAAUCUAAAGCGGAACUGAUGAAAAUGAAGACUAUUACUACCCUUUUGUUUUUUUCAAUUACUAUAGUAAGCUUGAUAGCAGAAAAAAAAUUAGGAGGAUCUAUAAAAUACUCUAAGCCUGCACAGACAAGUAAAUCAAGGUGUAAUUUAAAUGAACAAAGGUAUUUGGCAAAGAAUGACCUAAACAUCCCUGAUGGUUUACCAAAGUGUGACUUCUAUCAAUGUGUUAACACCUACUAUGUAGAGACAAGUUGCUCAACUGGAACAGCUAUCAGCAGAAGGGCUUUGAAAAAAGCUCGUAAGAAAAUCGCACAAAAUGUGAACCCAUGUGUCUCGGUUAAGGAGGGUUGUACAGGAUCUAUACGCACAACUGCAGGUGUUGAACCAUCCAAACUCAUCACCAGACGUCCAGCUCAAUUCUGUGGAGUGGAUUU